UCCUCCUCCUUCGCUCUCCUGAACCCUCUCAGGGUGUUUUUUUUUUUUUUUUCUUCCCUUUCCUGCUCCCGAACCGAACCGGAGAUCGCCGGAGAUCGGCGGCGGCGGCGGCGGCGGGGAUGGCGAACAGGACGGACCCGUCGGCGAAGAGCAUCCACGGGACGAACCCGCAGAACCUGGUGGAGAAGAUCCUGCGGUCGAAGAUCUACCAGAACACGUACUGGAAGGAGCAGUGCUUCGGCCUCACCGCCGAAACCCUAGUCGACAAGGCCAUGGAGCUCGACCACCUCGGCGGCACCUUCGGCGGCAACCGCAAGCCCACCCCCUUCAUGUGCCUCGUCAUGAAGAUGCUCCAGAUCCAACCCGAGAAGGACAUCGUCGUCGAGUUCAUCAAGAACGAGGACUACAAGUAUGUUAGGGUUCUCGGGGCCUUCUAUAUGCGGCUCACGGGCACGGUCGCCGAUGUGUACCAGUAUCUCGAGCCACUCUACAACGAUUACCGGAAGCUUCGGCGGAAGCUGCCGGAUGGGAGUUUUUGCUUGACUCAUGUGGAUGAGGUGAUUGAUGAGCUUUUGACUAAGGAUUACUCCUGCGACGUUGCCCUCCCACGUAUCCAGAAGAGAUGGAAUCUUGAGACUACUGGGGUAUUAGAGCCAAGAAGAAGUGCUUUAGAAGAUGAUUUUGAAGAGGAAGAAGAAAAAGAAGAAGAUGAACAACCGAUGGAAGUAGAAGCUGAUGGACAUGAGAAGGAUAACUAUCGAGGACGGAGUCCCACGAGGGGGAGAGACAGGGAUAGAAAGCGCGACGGCUACAAAUAUAGUUUAUUUAGGAAAAGGUCCAAAGAUGUAUACUAUUCUGACAUGCAUGUGCUAUAUCAUUUACAGACCCUUUCAGGUGAGAUCUUAGUAUGAAAUUGGAAAUUCUGAAUUUGGACCUUGGAUCUGGUUUAGGGAGGAACAUACGAUUUACCCAUGUAUAAUAUACAAUAGAACCUUUGCCGCUAUCUGAUUAAUUUGAAAACAAACUUGUUCAAUUGUUGAGUAUAUGAUGUGUUUGUCUUAUUUAAUGUACUCCAAUAAAAUUUCACUUUAAGCUUCUAGCGCAUAUAAAAGCAGCCCCUUCCCUCUUGAGCUAUUAAGAGUUGUGAUAAGAAAAAUUGAAAGAUUUUAAGCUUCUAGGGCACAGAAAAACAGUUGAGUAGUACUCAUAGCUUCAAGUGAUUUAUAAUAAGUUUAGUUCCUUUUAAGCUAUGCCUUGUGUAAAACCAUUGCAUUGAGAUUCUACGUUAGGCCAAUUGGUGCUGCUGAGUGAAUAGAGAUUCUCAUUGUAUGUUUUUCUGUGAUAUGAUCUGUAUUUAAGCCCUGUACCCCCGUGCUUUACUGGAGAUGCAUCUCGACAUCCUAAGCCACCGAAUUUUCUUUAUUGAUGCAUUUAAUGCCUAAUGACGAGUGUUUUGUAGUAUCAUCCUAGUAGGAGGAACUUUAUGGGACCUUAUUCUUUUUAUGGGACAUUAUUUUUAUCUGCUACAUGGAAUGAGCAUUGGGUUUCACCUUUACUGUAAAAACUAUAAGAAAAAUGAUGUAGAUCUGAUGAUUCUGACCUGA